UCAGCACCCAGUCUGAUCCGGCGGACAGCACCAUAUCGUGGCUCGACCUCGUAGUCUACUGAGAGGAACUCGUGGCUGUUGGUCGCUCAUCGCUGAUCGCUCAUAGCCUUGCCUACAGCCAUCUGGUCGUCUUGCGAGAUGCUCGGGAAGAACGGGCGCGUACGGAAAUAGCUGACCCGGACAGAAUCGAUCUGUGCACCGCGGAUAUCUGAAUAUAUGGUGGAGGUGAUGACGAAUUGAGCCUCGACCGGGGCCGGGUAUUCAUAGCUCGUUGCGUCGUUGCUUGCUGGAAAUAUAUCGACGUCGAGUAUAAAUUCGACUUAGAACACCCAAUUCCAAGACAUCCCACCCCGAUCUAGCUAUAUCGCACAGACCGACCCGAACAAUCACUGAAACCCCAUUUGGAAUCUAAAUCGACUCAGCAUGUCGUCCGGCCACAUCAUCGUCCACGCGAGCAUCGUCGCCAAACCCGAGCAUUUGGAAAAGGUCAGGGAAGUCGUCACCAACAUCAGGGACUAUGCGCGCAAGGAAGAAGAAGGGACCUUGAUCUACCGGACCAGCAUCUCAAACGAGAACGAGCGCAAGUUCGAGUUCUUCGAAGAGUACACCAGCAAAUCGGCCUUUGACGCCCACGUCGCUGGAGAACCGUUCCAGAACCUUAGCAAGAACGCGAAAGAAUGGUUGGAGGGUGCACCGGUCAUCUCGUUGUCCACCGAGUUUUAAGACGUCGAACGAACUCGAAAGCUAGGGCAGGGGGAUGUAAACGUAUAAAAACAACAGAAGCGCACAUAUGUUCAUGUAUGGAUAUAUUGACGCGCCGUCUGUAAGCUGUAUCGCACACAGGAAGAUUGAAUUUCCGAUGACCGUCGAGGA